AUGCUUGCUGCUGGGAAGCAGGGUGCCUCUCUCAAGGCUGCACUGACAAUCAGCUGGCUCCUCCUGGCCUGCUGCCCAGGGGCCACAUCCACAGUGACGUCUGAGUGCCCUGACCAGGAACCCGAGCUGCAACCCUGGAGCCCUGGUCAUGACCAGAACCACCGUGUGCACAUCAGCCAGGGCAAGAAGCUGCUGCUCACCUCUUCUGCCACCGUCUACUCCAUUGACAUCUCAGAGGGAGGCAAGCUGGUCAUUAAAGAUCACCAUGAGCCCAUUGUUUUGCGCACGAGACACAUCCUGAUUGACAGCGGAGGGGAACUGCAUGCUGGGAGUGCCCUCUGUCCUUUCCAGGGCAAUUUCAGCAUCGUGUUGUAUGGAAGGGCUGAUGAAGGUGCUCAGCCAGACCCUUACUAUGGCCUGAAGUACAUUGGUGUUGGGAGGGGAGGCACACUCGAGUUGCAUGGACAGAAAAAGCUCUCCUGGACGUUUCUGAACAAGACCCUCCACCCAGGGGGCAUGAUGGAGGGAGGCUAUUUUUUUGAAAGGAGCUGGGGCCAUCGUGGUGUCAUUGUUCACGUCAUCGACCCCAAAUCAGGCACAGUCAUCCACUCUGACAGAUUCGACACCUAUAGAUCCAAGAAGGAGAGCGAGCGUCUGGUCCAGUAUUUGAACGCGGUGCCUGAUGGCAGGAUCCUUUCUGUAGCAGUGAACGAUGAAGGUUCUCGAAACCUAGAUGACGUGGCUCGGAAGGCAAUGACCAAACUGGGCAGCAAACACUUCCUACACCUUGGAUUUAGGCACCCUUGGAGUUUUCUCACUGUGAAAGGAGAUCCCUCUUCUUCUGUGGAAGACCACAUUGAAUAUCAUGGACACAGAGGUUCUGCCGCCGCCCGUGUUUUCAAACUGUUCCAGACAGAACACGGAGAACAUUUCAACGUCUCUUCAUCCAGUGAGUGGGUCCAAGACGUGGAAUGGACAGAGUGGUUCGACCAUGACAAAGUGCCUCAGACUAAAGGCGGGGAGAAAAUUUCAGACCUCCGGGUAGCUCACCCAGGAAAAAUCUGCACUCGUCCCAUUGACAUCCAGGCCACGACAAUGGAUGGAGUUAACCUCAGCACUGAAGUUGUCUACAAGAAGGGCCAGGAUUAUAGGUUUGCUUGCUACGACCAGGGUCGUGCCUGCCAGAGCUACCGUGUGCGGUUCCUCUGUGGGAAGCCUGUGAGGCCCAAGCUCACGGUCACCAUUGACACCAACGUGAACAGCACCAUCUUGAGUCUGGAGGACAAUGUGCAAUCAUGGAAGCCUGGGGACACAGUGGUCAUCGCCAGUACUGACUACUCCAUGUACCAGGCGGAGGAGUUCCAGGUGCUCCCCUGCAAAGCCUGUGCUCCCAACCAGGUCAAAGUGGCAGGGAAACCACUGUACCUGCACAUCGGGGAGGAGAUAGAUGGUGUGGACAUGCGGGCAGAAGUUGGGCUCCUGAGCCGGAAUAUCCUGGUGAUGGGAGCCACGGAGAACAAAUGCUACCCUUACGGCAACCACAUCUGCAACUUCUUUGACUUUGACACCUUUGGGGGUCACAUCAAGUUUGCUCUGGGGUUCAAGGCAGCACACCUGGAGGGCGUGGAGCUCAAGCACAUGGGCCAACAGCUGGUGGGCCAGUACCCAAUUCACUUCCACUUGGCGGGAGAUGUGGACGAAAAGGGAGGCUACAACCCACCCACGUACAUCAGGGACCUGUCCAUCCACCACACGUUCUCCCGCUGUGUCACGGUCCACGGUUCCAAUGGCCUGUUGAUCAAGGACGUCGUGGGCUAUAACUCCUUGGGACACUGCUUCUUCACGGAGGAUGGACCAGAGGAACGCAACACUUUCGACCACUGCCUUGGCCUCCUUGUUAAGUCUGGAACCCUCCUCCCCUCUGACCGUGACAGUAAAAUGUGCAAGACGAUCACAGAGGACUCCUACCCAGGGUACAUCCCCAAGCCCAGGCAGGACUGCAACGCUGUGUCCACCUUCUGGAUGGCCAACCCCAAUAACAACCUCAUCAACUGUGCAGCUGCAGGAUCCGAGGAAACUGGAUUUUGGUUCAUUUUUCACCACGUACCGACGGGCCCCUCCGAGGGGAUGUACUCCCCAGGUUAUUCAGAACACAUUCCACUGGGGAAAUUCCAUAACAACCGAGCACAUUCCAACUAUCGGGCUGGCAUGAUCAUAGACAAUGGAGUCAAAACCACGGAGGCCUCUGCUAAGGAUAAGAGGCCUUUCCUGUCCAUCAUCUCUGCCAGGUAUAGUCCUCAUCAGGAUGCUGACCCUCUGAAGCCCCGGGAGCCAGCCAUCAUCAAGCAUUUCAUUGCCUAUAAGAACCAGGACCACGGGGCCUGGCUGCGCGGUGGGGAUGUGUGGCUGGACAGCUGUCGGUUUGCUGACAAUGGCAUUGGUCUGACCCUGGCCAGUGGUGGGACCUUCCCCUAUGACGAUGGCUCCAAGCAGGAGAUAAAGAACAGCCUGUUUGUUGGUGAGAGUGGCAACGUGGGGACAGAAAUGAUGGACAACAGGAUCUGGGGCCCAGGUGGCUUGGACCACAGUGGAAGAACCCUCCCUAUAGGCCAGAAUUUUCCCAUUAGAGGAAUUCAGUUCUAUGAUGGCCCCAUCAACAUCCAGAAUUGCACCUUCCGAAAGUUCGCAGCCCUAGAGGGUCGGCACACCAGUGCCCUGGCCUUCCGUCUGAACAACGCCUGGCAGAGCUGCCCACACAACAAUGUGACCAACAUUGCCUUUGAGGAUGUCCCGAUUACUUCCAGAGUGUUCUUUGGAGAGCCUGGGCCCUGGUUCAACCAGCUGAAUAUGGAUGGAGAUAAGACGUCCGUGUUCCACGAUGUUGAUGGCUCUGUGUCUGAGUACCCAGGCUCCUACCUCACCAAAGACGACAACUGGCUGGUCCGACAUCCAGACUGCAUCAACGUCCCCGACUGGAGAGGCGCCAUCUGCAGCGGGCGCUAUGCACAGAUGUACAUCCAGGCCUACAAGACCAGCAACCUGCAAAUGAAGAUCAUCAAGAAUGACUUCCCCAGACCCCUCUACCUGGAGGGGGCCCUCACCAGGAGCACCCAUUACCAGCAGUACCAGCCGGUCAUCACCCUGCAGAAGGGCUACACCAUCCACUGGGACCAGACGGCCCCCGCUGAACUCGCCAUCUGGCUCGUCAACUUCAACAAGGGUGACUGGAUUCGAGUGGGGCUCUGCUACCCACGGGGCACCACCUUUUCCAUCCUCUCGGAUGUUCACAAUCGCCUACUGAAGCAAACAUCUAAGACCGGCACCUUUGUGAGGACCUUCCAGAUGGACAAGGUGGAGCAGAGCUAUCCUGGCAGGAGCCACUACUACUGGGAUGAAGAGUCAGGGCUGCUCUUCCUUAAGCUCAGGGCCCAGAACGAGAGGGAGAAGUUUGCCUUCUGCUCCGUGAAAGGCUGUGAAAGAAUAAAGAUUAAAGCUCUCAUCCCGAGGAACACCGGCGUCAGCGACUGCACAGCCACCGCCUACCCCAGGUUUGCUGAGAGGGCCGUGGUGGACGUGCCGAUGCCUAGGAAGCUCUUCGGGGCUCAGCUGAAGGCAAAAGACCACUUCUUGGAAGUGAAGAUGGAGAGUUCCAGGCAGCACUUCUUCCAUCUUCGGAAUGACUUUGCUUACAUCGAAGUGGAUGGGGUGAAGUACCCUGGCUCAGAAGAUGGCAUCCAGGUGGUGGUGAUUGACGGGAGCCGAGGGCAUGUGGUGAACCACGCAGGCUUCAGGAGCGCCGUUCUACAGGGCAUCCCAUGGCAGCUCUUCAACUAUGUGUCGGCCAUCCCUGACAAUUCCAUCAUUCUCAUGGCGUCGAAAGGAAAAUACAUCACCAGAGGCCCCUGGACCAGAGUGCUGGAAAAGCUGGGGGCAGACAAGGGUCUCAAACUGAAAGAGAAACUGACAUUCGUUGGCUUCAAAGGCAGCUUCCGGCCCACCUGGGUGACUCUGGAGACUGAUGACCUCAAGGCAAAAAUCUUCCAAGUGGUACCCAUCCCUGUGGUGAGGAAGAAGAAACUGUGA